CCACCCCCCUCGUCGAGGUGAUUCAUACCAAGAGGAGCUUUGCGGGUCCAAGAAAGUUCUCACCUUUUUCCCCUCUCGAGAAAAUAGGGGCAGAGGCGAUUCCGGGCCCGUCGCUAGUCAAGUGAAAACUCCGCUUACGUUGCUGCCGAGCUCCGCUUUUUAUAAAAUCCUUUAAUCGCAAGCUGGCAAGAGUUGUCUCUCUCAUUCCAGCCCCUCCUCCGUAAAGAAAAUCAAGAAAGAAAAUCCCUCUCUCUCCUACCCCCUCUCUCUCUCUAGUUCGCUCUCUCUCUCUCUCUCUCUCUUGUGGGUAGUCAGAGUACGUUUCCCUGCCCCGGACGACUUGCUUUUCGCUGCCUUUCCCUGGUUUCAAUGCGCCCCAUUUCGCGGCCGCAGAGUUUCGCCGUCUCCGUUCAAGACUAGCCGGUGAAGAGGGGCAGACGUUUCCGAAGUUCUUUGGGGGGGGCAAGAGGAGGAGGAGGAGGAGGAUAUGAGCGCGUCGAGGUUCAUCAAGUGCGUCACCGUCGGCGACGGGGCCGUCGGCAAGACUUGCAUGCUCAUCUCCUACACUAGCAACACCUUCCCCACGGACUAUGUACCAACUGUGUUCGACAAUUUCAGUGCAAAUGUCGUUGUGGAUGGAAGCACUGUUAACCUGGGUUUGUGGGAUACAGCUGGACAGGAAGACUAUAAUAGACUAAGACCUCUUAGCUACCGUGGGGCUGAUGUUUUCCUGCUCGCUUUCUCUCUCAUUAGCAAGGCCAGCUAUGAAAAUGUUGCCAAAAAGUGGAUUCCUGAGUUGCGGCACUAUGCUCCUGGCAUUCCAAUUAUUCUUGUUGGUACAAAACUCGAUCUUCGAGAUGACAAGCAGUUCUUCUUAGACCAUCCUGGUGCAGUUCCAAUUACCACAGCGCAGGGAGAGGAACUAAAGAAGCUUAUUGGAGCUGCUGCUUAUAUCGAGUGUAGUUCAAAGACUCAACAGAACGUGAAAGCUGUCUUCGAUGCUGCCAUUAAGGUGGUUCUCCAACCGCCGAAGCAGAGGAAGAAGAAGAAGAGAAAGUCUCAGAAGGCAUGUUCUAUACUAUGAUCUCGAAGAAAAUCAAAAAAAUCGAAGCUGCGAUCCUGAAGAAAUUAGUAGUUUUUCGACCAAAAUUUGAAGAAGCAAGCUGGCUUCACUUAGGAAUCUCUACUGACAACCGGAUACAGAGAUAUGUCUGUCAUAGGUGCUGAACUUGUUUGUCUAAUGGUUGUUAGUUUACGAUGCGGACUGUAUAUUAGUUUGGUUACAUGUUCUGUAACCCACACACGUUUGGCUCGUGUUCGACAUGUUAGCAGAUUACUGUUUCCCAGAUUGUUAAGGCAUGGUCAUAUAUGUGUUUAUGUAAUUCGAUCUCCUACUGCACUAGACAACUAUCUUGAAGCUUGACGUGUUGUGUAAUCUACUCUACCCAGAUUGCAAAGACCUGAUGAUCAACUUGUUCCUGUCUUGUAUUUUUCUUCAGGUGGCUCAAAUGUGUUCCCUGUCAUUGCCCCUGGCCAUGUAUGCAAGACUAGCCCUCUUCAUGUCA